AUAAACAGAUUUUUUUAUUUAUUGUUGGAAAAUAUUCAUACGACAAUAACAUAAAAACAAGUGUUCAAAAUAAUCGUGAUUGUUUCCAGAUGUAAAAAUUAACAACUAUUUAUCCUUGCGAGUUGCGAUACGUUAUUGGAAAUAAUUUCUCGGGUAAUAUUUCAAUAGAUUUUUCUGAAAUAUUUCUGAGUACGUUGUAUCGCAUAAUGGCUGCUGCUAUAGAAUAAUAAUUAAAAAAAAGUCAAUAAAAACUCGUGCCUUUUGUUUGAAAAUAGUGUAUUGAAAUUUUCAUUAUUGUUUAAGUGCACGUGAUUCAAAAAACAAGAAGUAUUCAUUUCUCUUUUACAACUUCCGUUAUUCUUUGGAACGAAUGAGGAAAAAUAAGUCAAGCCUCUCAAUAACGAUAUCUUCCAUAACAAAAACCUGUCUACGUGUGUAUAUUUUAAAAUCUUAAGAUUUUAUCUGAUCUUUUUUUCUCCUUAUGCUGAAAAUGUCAAUUAUUUGAUAUUUUGCUUUUUAAAAAUGGAUGUAUUUUGAGUUUUAAAAAAAAUGGUGGAAAGUUAGUAGACGUGGUGUGAUGAUAAAAUUAUGCGAUUGUUGAAAGUAGUGCUUAUUUGUUAAGAAAGUUUUUAUCUUUUAUGCGUGUCCAACACGUUAUAUAUACAAAUAUAUAAAUAAAUAUACCUGCUCAUUAGAAAUUCUAUUUCUGAAGAUACAAACAUUUGAACAUGACUAUUACGCUAACCAAGCAUAGUUCUUCAAUUUUGGAAGAAGAUUUAGCUAUUAGUUCAUCGACAUUAGGUACAUCGGACAAGAGUUUAAGUGAUGAACCACAACAAACUUGCAACAAUACCGUAUUGGGAGAGAGAUUAGUUUACGUUAAUGAAGAUGCCAUGGAUUGUUGUUACGAUGAAUCGAACAGUACAUCGGCGAAAUUGGAGGUGAUACAAGAGGUAUCAAGUCCUGAAAUGUUUAAUAGCGACAGUGACGAUGAUCUAGAAAAUUCAAAGACUUCAGCAAGUUUUAGAGGUGGAGCGGGAAGAAAUAAAUUUUCCCUACCAAAAACAUCGCCAAAACCGAAAACACAGCAGGAACUUGUUGUACAAUCUGAUAAUAAUCUAUUGAGUAGAAUAAAUCGUUAUCUCAGCGGUGUACCACCACCACCGAAGCAUACAAUCUGUCAAAGUGAUUGUAGCGAAUUUCUUGUAAAUAUACGAAAAAAUGCUCAUCUCUUUUGGUCAAAUCCAUUGGAAACGGAAACAAAUUCUUCAACUAAUAAAUCGACAGCAACUUCUCCUCCUCCUUCUCAAACUUCCGCUCUUCCUUCCGAUGUAAAGGAGGAAAAUUUAACUAGUACAAGUAUUUUUCAAAAUCGUGUGAAAAAUAGUUCGAGAAAUUUAAGUGUAGCUUUUGACGCCUGUGAUUUAUCGAGAGAUUCAGAAACAAAAAGCGUCGUUUCACAUAAUAAUUCUGCUGUUGAUGAACAAUCAAUUGACACUUCUUGCACUGAAUCAGUAGAUACUGCUUCCAUUUUUACUGAUAAAACGUCAAGUGUCUCAACAGCGACAAGUACAUCGCACGUUAUACCGAAUGAGAAUUCCUGUACGACAUUGAAAACAUCGGAUCAGACUAUUUUUAACACUUGUAGUGUUAAUGUUGCUGCUUCCUUGACAUGGCCGGAAGCUUAUCAGCACAAAUGUUUUGGAAUUCAUUACAACAGGAAUAAACCAAUUGAGGAAUUUGAAAAAUUAUCAAUGAAAAUGUCCGAGAGAUACGUGGGUGCGGAAACACAAUCCACUUGCAAUGUAUUUUUCACUAAACAAUGUCCAGGAAGUGCGAGAAAACGUAGUCUUCUGUCGAAACGUAACAGUGGUCAGAGUCCCGGUAAACGAUUAAGUUAUUUGACCAAGAGACGACGAACAUUUUCGAGCGCCAAUCUUCAGGGUCUCGGCGAAAAGAAACAAUUGGUGCUCAACAUUCGAAAACCGAUUCUGAAGAAAGGAAAAAGUCCCCGAAGUAAAGGAAAGAGUCCCAGGGGUAAAAGUCCGAGGGGCAAGAGUCCGAGGAGUUCGGCGAAGAAAAGAGCAAUGCGCAGAUUAUCGAUGGAUGGACCAACGCCGAGAAAAUCAAAAUUGGAAACUUCGAAACGUGCUCUUUUCCAGAGUCCGCCAAACGAUAAGGCUGGUCCAAGUAUGAGUGGUUUGAAUCCCCAGCGUAUUAAAAAGGCCCUCUUCCCAACGCCAACGAAAAAAGACGAUGAGUCCGAUACAAUGAAAGCCGCCGUCGUCAAUUUGGGUGAUGCAAGAAAACGAAAAAGUGACGAAGAAUUGGAGAAUCCACGUUUCAAGUGGGCGAAAAGUUUGUCUUUUGACUGCACUAGAGACCUGGAUUCUCGGUCUGCAAACACCUGGAAUCAACAGCGACACUCAACUGGUAAUAUUAUCUCGAAAAAUGAAAACUUACAAAGUUACGGAAAAUGUGAGCUCAGCACUAUACAUCGGAAGAAAUUAUUAUGGGCCGUCUCGGAAGCAUUGCGAGGUAAAGGAAUCAGUAUGAGUCAUCCACAAUUCAAACAACAUGCCGCAACACUAGCACGAACUGUGAAGAAAUUAAUGCCUGAUUUGGAGAAUAAAAAUAUACCCCGAAAGCCAGGAAGUACAAGUGAUCGAAUGUUAAAGUUAGCGAAGCAACAAGUGCUUAAAAUUGAUAUAAAGCCAACUGCUCAUUAAUUUUUUUUCUUCUCCAUAAAAAAAAGAAAUCUUCUAGCAAAGACGUUUCAAAACUAUUGUGAAUAGUGUUUCGCUAUAAUAAUGCUUUUCUUAAGUUAUUUAUAUAAAUAUAUAAAAAAAAAGAAAAAAAAAUUGUGUCGUUUACGAACCCGGCGACAAAGAUCUACUUUCAAAAAAAAACCAUGAUUGUUAAAUUUUUUUUUUGUAUUAUUGGUGCUGCUUUCAUGUUCUCUGCGAAUGAAAGGGACAAUACUUUUUAAUAAGCCACGUUUUAUUAGCGAUAAAAUAGUUUAUUUUACAACUUAAACGUAUAAAUAAUUAAUAAAAAGUUGCUUUUUUUCGAAAAA